CCAUCACACACAUUUUUGCUGCGGAGAGGGACACACUCCACUCCCCAGUGACUCCAGGAGGAAGAGAGAGGGAGAGAGAGAGAGAGAGAGAGAGAGAGAGAGAGAGAGAGAGAGAGAGAGAGAGAGAGAGAGAGAGAGAGAGAGAGAGAGAGAGAAGCAGCUCACACAGACUUACACUUUUUGUCUCCUAUCUCACACACACAGGCACACACAUGCUCAUACACACAUACACAGAGUAAGAAGCUCACAUGUGUUUCAGAGUGGAUGAGAAACGGAGGGAUGCAUCAUGAAGUCUCAGCAGAAGUGCAUUGUGAUCUUUGCCUUGGUGUGCUGCUUUGCCGUGCUGGUGGCGCUGAUUUUCUCGGCCGUGGACAUCUGGGGCGACGACGAGGAUGGGAUCACGGAGGAGAACUGUAGCAGGAGCUGCAGAGUGGUGCUUGUGGAGAACAUCCCAGAGGACAUCUCGUUCUCAGACAACGGCACAUCCCACGUCCCGCUCUCACAGGGGCUGUACAGCUUACUGGACCAGGCAAUCCGGGUCGUAGAAAUAGUUUCUCCGCUGUGGCUCCUCAACUCCUCUGACUAUGAAUCCAGCUUCCAGCCGGCUGCCAGACAGGGACGGGCUCUGCUGUCCCGGCUUCAGGGGCUGAAAGCGAGAGGAAUCCACCUGAAAAUCUCCAGCGGGAUGAUCGACUCGGAUGAGCUCAGGACACUCGCCAAACACUAUGCUGAGGUGCACUCUUUGAACAUGACGGCUCUGACCAAAGGCAACAUGCACUCGUCCUUCUGGGUGGUGGACAGGAGACAUUUCUACAUCGGAAGUGGCAGCAUGGACUGGAGAUCACUGGCCACAAGGAAGGAGCUGGGGGUGUUGGUCUACAACUGCAGCUGUCUGGCUCUGGAUCUCCACAGAGUGUUCAGCCUCUACUGGGGGCUCCAGUACAAAGACUUCAUCCCCUCCUUCUGGUCCAAGCGCGUCUUCGCCCUUUUCAACAGGAGCACGCCGCUGGAGCUCACCUUCAACAGCACAAAAGCCGAAGCCUACAUCUCUACCUCACCAGAUGGUUUCAUCCCUCGAGAUCGAAGCACUGAUCUGGAGGCCAUUUCUCGAGUCAUCCAGGAGGCCCGACAUUUCAUAUACAUCUCUAUCACUGACUACUUACCCCUCCUCGGCAGCAGCACCAAAAGGUAUUGGUCCCGUAUCGACGGGCUUAUCAGGGAGGCUCUGAUCCUGAGGAAGGUGCGGGUUCGUUUGCUGAUAAGUUGCCGGGAGCAGACUCAUCCACUUACCUUCAACUUCCUCUGGUCCCUGAGGAGUCUGUGCAUGGAGCAGGCCAACUGCUCGCUGGAAGCUAAGUUCUUCAACCCCAGAGUACAGAGGGAUGGCAGCCUCCAGGGAGUUAACCACAACAGGUUUAUGGUUACAGAUAGAGCCAUUUAUUUAGGUAACCUUGACUGGGUGGGAAACGAGUUCACCUUCAACGCAGGAGCGGGCCUGGUGAUCAGUCAGCCGGAGGGCGUCGAGGACAGGAACGCUACCGUGGUGGAGCAGCUGCAGGCGGCGUUUGAGCGGGACUGGUUUUCCCGUUACACCCGCUCCGUGCAGGCUAAUAAAAUCCCUGUUUGCAACAAGCAGCACAUCAACCGGGUGGUUCCGGGCAAAGGUAGACAUCUUGACAGCGGGCCGGUGCCCCUGAGGAAAGGCCAACAGGAUAACGGACCCAUGCCGCUGAGGAGCCAUCACAGAGUCGACGGGCAGAAGCCUGAUAAAACGAAGAAUCAGGACGAAAGACUUGGCAGAAUCAGUCGCCAAGGCCCGGCCAACGGACCGGCGCCGCUCGAGGACGGGCACCAGGAGAAGGGUCCAUUCAAAAUGAGUCACUUUGAAAGCAGUCAGGUAGAAAUCAGAGGUGGGAGCCACGAGAAUCCGACAGAUCUGCCGGGUCAGAUGGCCGAAAGCAGCGGCUGCAGGGAGAUUUCCAACACUUCUCUGUGACCGGCUCCGUCUGCUCCUUUCUAAUAACAUGGACUUCGAUCACUGAGUCUUUGUAGCAUUUUAAUAUUAUCAUUUUGUACAAAACUUUGACAAUUUAAGUAUUAUCUUGUCUCCAGGACUUGAUUAAGUACAAAAAAAAAAAGAAUUAUAUGAAGAAAAGUGAAAGUUUAUCUGCAGUAUCGCACUUUUGAUGGAUCCUUCAAAAAGGGAACCGUAACGUUUAGAUUUUAAAGAGAAACAUAUUUAUAAUGUUGUACAUCCUUGAUGCGUAUUUAAUCUUUUACUGAGGUCUCGUCAGCAAAGGAAACAGAUGACAUUGUAUUGACAGCCUGAAUAGUCUGUGUCACUUACGCAGUUAGUGACAGUCGUAAUUUAUCACCCUUUAAAAGGGGGAAUUGCACCUGCGCCUGCAAGCCUUUGCAGAGACAGGAGUCCGUGCAGCAUGUCGAGCUUCACAAGCUACAUCGAACGCUUAAGUUUCCCUCAUAUAGAGUGGGAGAUCUACCACACAGCAGAUCCAGCUGCCGGGGAUCUUUCAUCGCCUGUGUAGUCGUAGUGCUGGAUACUUUAAGCCUCUUGUAAAUAGUUUUAUGUAUCCUUAGAAAGUUAUAUUCAAACCUCAAGUAACUUCAGAUCUCUAAACCAAGCAGAAACUACUAUUUUCAAUAUUCACAUGUAGCUAGAUUCAAUCGGUUGAAAAACACAAGCCCAUGUUUCCUUGCCAAAUAAUUAAUUAAACGUGCUAUUAGUCCUGUGAUGGAAACAACCUCAUAACUCAUUCUGAGCGCCGACCCAAAGUCGAGGAACUGGAGCACUAAAUGGAUUGAUCAAAUCAUGUCCACCGAGCUUUAAUCUCAUUACAGCGAGCGGCUGCACAAUCCAGGACAAGAUGCAUGGUUCCACCGCGGGACGCCCGUAUGAACAUGCUUUAUUAUAGGGAGGCUGCAGGUGGAUUGAAUGACACACCUGUUGUGCUUCGACUUCACAUUUUCAUCAGGCAAUGCCUAAAAAAAAAAAAAAAAAAAAAGCUGUUUUAACAGACGAAACUGCAUUUUAGCAUAGAGUAGAAGAGGCUAUCGUUUUGGAAAGAUCCUCACAAAUAACUGUCUCCAUGCACAAUCCUGGAGAAAGAGGUGGAACCAAAUGGAAACCCUUCCAAAUGCUGUGUUGUGACUUAUCGAACAAAUACUGGGGGAGCAUUUAGAAGAAGGGACCAGAGGGUUUCUGCUGUCAGACCAAUCAAUACAAUGAAUUUUUAACACAGCUCCACAAGCUGCAGCAGUUUAACCUCAAGGGCGUGUUGGCCUAUAAUGUCAAGUCAUAUAUAUAGAUAUGAAAGCUUGAAGGAACUUUAUUUGCUUUUUGAAUGACUACUGCAUGUCUGUUUACACACUCUUUGGAACAAGUGCCACUUUCCACAGCGACUCUGGUGCUGUGGGGUUUACAUUCAUUUGUGCCGCAUUCACUGAGUAAACAAAAGCAGGAAAGAGAGCGGCGUAUUUGAGGUCUUUAUCAACAAUGUACAGGUUGUUGAGCUCAGUACUUUAAAGGGAAAGCAGCACAUGUGUAAUCAGGACUCCGCCUGGAAAUAAAAAACAAUGUAAUUAAAGCUACAAACUGAAGCACAGAAAGAUUAGCUGCAAACAAAGAUUAACAACACUCACAGAAUUUUAAUUGACGACUUUUGUAAUGGUUAGUCUGUGAAACUCCACAGUGUGUCAUGUGUGAACAGUGGCUGUUUUUUUUAUGCUUUUUUAACUCAAACUUCAUAUCUUUAGAUCUUUUAUUUGAGUUGAUAAAUGUUUAAAUGACUUUCUUUGUAAUUAUUCUCAAGUUAAUCAAGAAAUGAAUCUAUUUAAAUAACAAUAACUUGCUGCAGUCUUGAAGUAGAGUUACAAAACAUCUCGGGGAGGUCCGCAACCUGUUGCUCUGGUGCAACAUGCAGAAAUUUUCUCCAUACAGCAGAAACUCUUAUAAAGUAGUGGUUUCAAACCUUUUGUGCUCUUAUAUGCCAAAAAUCCCAGUGAAGCCAAAUUCCAACCUCACAUACUUAAAAAUUAAAGAUACAAAAAAAAUUUUGGGUCUGAUUUAUGAAUUAUGAACCAUCUUACUCUGGUUUUCUUUGAUUUUGUCUUCCGCAGAUCAGGAAAAGUCACUAUUACAGAAAAAAAGUCAAACUCAAACUAAAUGCAUGUUUAAUAUGAUGAUAGAACAUAGAUUAUAUAUACAUAAAAAAAACUGCAGUUUUGAUAUAAAUACCCAAAUUAUAUGUAAAGAAUUUGCAGCUCAUAUGUUAUGAAGGUUGCAGACCCCUGGUCCAGAUAAUCAUUGUCAUUAUUCUGCAGAGCAUUUCUACAAAUGUGGUCAAAUGUAAAGCUUUAUGAAGAUUUGGGUUUGCUGUAUCACAUUUCUACUAGAUCACACCAGAACACACAACAGUGAAGAUCAAACAAAUCCCUUUCCUUUCAACACCAUCCAUCAUGGAUAACCUCUGCCACCUAGAGGAUGUCUUUAGAAAUCACAGACUUUUUAAGAAGUCUUGAUCAAGAAACCCUGAAUUUUAUUGUAUUCCAUAUUAAACAUCUAAAUUACAUCAUCAUAGACAUGUUUUGGAUUUAUUUUUUCAAUUUAUCUACAUACAUUCAAAUUGGAAUUAGGCGUACCAGAAAGUGGAGAAAUAGAUCUGUGAUCAUGUUACACAUUUGUAGCAUCUAAAACACACAGUAAGAAAAUGAACUUUAAAAAUCUUCAACAUAGUUCAAUCUAACAGAUUCCAUCCAUCAGAAAUCAAUUGAUUAUUUUCUUGCUUAAUAAUCUUUAUUAACUCACUUUUUUUAUUUAGCCUUUAUUUUUUAAUUAUUUAAUCCUUGAGUUCAUUCAUAGAAUACUUUUUUUCUAGUUAAUGUGAAUUUAAGUGUGUAUGUAUCUGUAAAGCACUGCGUCACUUCACUCCACUGCUGAUCUCAAAGUUAAAAUCACAACCUCUCGCUGCUAAUAUCUAUGAUUGUCAGAUGUUGGGCAGGAAUGCUGCUAAUGUGCCCUAUAUGUGUUUGUGUACAAUACUUGUUUACGAGUUUUCAAAUGAUUUUGACUUUUAAAUUCAGUGACUAUUUUCAGAUUCAGGCUCAGGUGUGGGGACCAGGACUACACUUCACGUGUGGCUUAUUUUGAAGAGAGAUUAUUAUUUAAACUCUGAUACCAGAAGACACAUACAAAGUUUUAUAAUCAGGCACAGCCUGCUACAGGAAAGCUAUGAAAAAAGAAAAAGCAUGAAACAGGAACGCAUUGCCAGUGAGUUUUCUUAUAAAACUGUAAAAGACACUGUUUUUCUUGAAGACAAAAGGGUUACUGGAGUGUGUGGAAGGUACAGUUGAAGCAGGUUGAAGCACUUUCUCUGAGCAGUUGAUUUUAAAUAUUCACUGUUGAAGCUUUUUGACGUCGCCUUCCUUUAUUCUGUUGGAUUCUUCCAGCAUGACCGCUGCUUGCAUGCCUUGCCUUUCUGAACUGUGCACAGUAGCUUCGAGCCUUUCCAGAAACGAUGCUGAAAAUGAAAUCUUGUAUACCUUUAAAGAUACAGAAGGAAUGUAUAUUUAUUGAAUAUCCUUGUUAAUGCACACUAUUGAAACAUGAUUACUCACUUUUUACUCUUAAUAAAAAACAAGUAUCU